AUGUGUAGCGAGAAUUUUGAAAUGUGUAGUGAGAAGUUUGAAAUGUGUAGCGAGAAUUUUGAAAUGUGUCGUGAGAAUUUUGAGAUGUGUAGGGAGAAUUUGGAAAUGUGUAGUGAGAACUUUGAAAUGUGUAGCGAGGAUUUUGAAAUGUGUAGUGAGAAUUUUGAAAUGUGUAGGGAGAAUUUGGAAAUGUGUAGUGAGAACUUUGAAAUGUGUAGCGAGAAUUUUGAAAUGUGUAGGGAGAAUUUGGAAAUGUGUAGUGAGAAUUUUGAAAUGUGUAGUGAGAAUUUUGAAAUGUGUAGGGAGAAUUUGGAAAUGUGUAGGGAGAAUUUGGAAACGUGUAGUGAGAAUUUUGAAAUGUGUAGUGAGAAGUUUGAAAUGUGUAGUGAGAAUUUUGAAAUGUGUAGCGAGAAGUUUGAAAUGUGUAGUGAGAAUUUUGAAAUGUGUAGGGAGAAUUUGGAAACGUGUAGUGAGAAUUUUGAAAUGUGUAGUGAGAAGUUUGAAAUGUGUAGUGAGAAUUUGGAAAUGUGUAACGAGAAUUUUGAUAUGUGA